ACUAGUGAAUAGAAUAAAGUGACUCAAUUAUUUCACUCCAUUUUGUUAUAGUAUUAUAUUAUUUUCUUCAGUGGAAUCGUCUCUUUAUAAUAAUAAUUGCAACCCAAACCAUGGGCUAUCCAACAACUCCAUCAUUAUACAAAAACCAUUUUAUAUAAAGAGCCUUGCAAAGACACAAACUUUUAGGCAAUAAAAAGCUUCAUUUCUCAUAAAAUCCCAAAUUCUUGAAUUGAAAAACAGUACAUCAUGAUAGGCAAAAGAUCCAUACCGGUGAUCGAAAAAUUCACCGGUGCAUCUUUUCCCGGUAGCCGGACGAUGGAUGGUGCUACUAGCCCAAGAAGUCCACUAGAUUUCAAGAUUCAAUCACCAAGAGGGUUAAAAAGCUUUGAUUUCGGUGGAGUUGGCUUGGCUAUAGUAGCUGCACUAGAAAAGUCCGGUGGUAAAAACGGCGAAACUCCGGCGAACAAAGCCGUUUACAACCGUAAUUCAAAUAGAUCACUUCCAAUUCCGGUGAUUUCUUCAUCAAAGAAUCCAGCUAGAUAUACAGCUGAAUUUGAGGAUAGUUUAGAAGAAUAUACAAUAGUGACUUGUCGUGCACCAGGUAACAAGUCAUACACUAAAGUAUACGACGAUAAAAAGGAGUUUCAGGGAAGAAAAUGUAAUCGUUCAAGCGUUUUUAACAUAUCUCCGGCGAACAUCGGAGGUUUUCCGGCAUAUCCAGAUUCUGAUUUUCUCAGUUCAUGUCACUUGUGUCAGAAAAAGCUACAUGGAAAAGACAUAUACAUGUAUAGGGGAGAGAAAGCAUUUUGUAGCACAGAGUGCCGGUACAGGCAAAUAGUGAUGGAUGAUCACAAAGAAAAGUGUAGUUCAAGAUCUGCUGAUGUUGCAAGUUCACCUUAUGGGAAUGGCCAAAUCUUUGCAACUGAAAUUCUAGCAAUUUAACUUAGGCUGAUUAAUAAAUUAUUAGUACUAUAUAUAGAAUAUUAGUAAAUACAUCUAUGAUCUAUAUAUAUUCGGGAAUACUUACUUUUUAUACAUGUGAGAAACACCUCUAUUUGGAGGGCUUCUUUUUGUGGAUUUUCCCCAAUUUUGAUUUGGAUGUAGUAAAGCAAAAAUGAAAUCCAGCUAUGAAAAGUUUUGAACUUA